CUUUGUCGUGACGCACACAUUCUGCGACGUUCCAGCAGCAAGCAUCAUGGCGGCAUCAAACGGUAACAAGCGUGGUCUUGAACAUUUGGACGAAUAUGAGCCCAGACCAGCCAAACACCUUCGCAGCCUUCAUGAACGCAUGACAGAGAAGAGACUGGUUGUUGUUCUGGAAGGCGCAUCGCUAGAAACAGUGAAGGUGGGAAAAAAGUUUGAGCUUUUAAAUUGUGACCAACAUAAAAAUAUUAUCAUCAAAAGUGGAAGAGAUCUAGGGAAUAUAAGACCAGACAUCACACAUCAGUGUCUCCUCAUGCUGAUGGACAGUCCGUUAAACAGAGCAGGCCUGCUGCAGGUUUACAUCCACACAGAGAAAAAUGCCUUAAUAGAGAUCAACCCUCAGACCCGCAUCCCAAGAACAUUCACUCGCUUCUGUGGCCUCAUGGUUCAUCUGCUGCACAAACUGAGCGUCAGGGCUGCUGAUGGCUCAGACAAGCUUCUGAGGAUGAUUAAAAACCCAGUGUCUGACCACCUCCCUCCCGGUUGUCCUCGCAUAGCCACGUCUUUCUCAGUAGGAGAGGCCGUCUGCCCCCGGUCUCUGGUGACAGACGGACCCACUGCCGUGGUGAUUGGAGCAUUUGCACAUGGAGCGGUGAAAGUGGACUACACAGAGAAAACUGUGUCCAUCAGUAACUACCCCCUCUCUGCAGCGCUGACCUGUUCCAAGAUGUGCUCUGCCUUUGAGGAGGUGUGGGGUGUCCUGUAACACACAGUUACUGGAUUACUGGUCACACAGUAGUGGACAUGGACCGUGAACUAGAAAUGAAUAUGAUGGAAAUGCUUCCAUGAAUAUCAGUUUCACCACAAGGCAUCAUGGACUACAGAUAUGUUUGUUACGUCUAUGAGUACAGUUUUUGUUCCCAGUGUUUCCUUUUCUUGCAGAGAUAUGGCCUGUUUUUUACCAACUAAUUCCAAUAUUAUGGAUUGAUACAGGUGCAUCAAAAUGUGUGGAAAAAGCGAUUUGCUUUCACAGAAAAUAUUACACUGUCAAAUGAGUAAUGUUUCACUUUAUUUCUGUUGAUCCAGCCUCUAGUGGUAGUUGUCUUCAGGAAUCAUUGCGUGUGUUGGUUUUGUUUUGGUAAAGGUCCCAAGUGUUACCAUCCUGCCUAGCUGCAUUGUGUAUACUGGUGAACUAAAGAUCUGUGCUGAUUCCCUGCAGGCUUAAAUAGGUUGUAUUAAUAGAUUAUAUAAAAUAAUUGACACACAUUAAUUAAACAAAACUAUACAAAAGAUGAUUAUUAUCUAAUCACAAAUAGAACUUCAUGAAACACAUCAGAGAUUAGAAAAAGGGCUACAGAACUGCUUGAACCAUAGUUUGACAACCACUGCAUAAAGUUACAUGAAAUGUAUAAUAGCGCCAUGACAACCAGCUAUAACAGUAAAAAACUUCUUACACGUGGCUGUAUUAAAAUGUAAUGUCUUAUAUUGUAAUAAUACUGUAUGAUAUACAUUAUGUAAGUCCCUGUUUGUUGUUUUGGUAGUUAAGUGAAGGAUGUAAGCACUUCUUACACCACUUCCAUGAUUUUCAAAUAAUUUAUUCAAAUGUUCACUAAACAAGUUGUGCAAAUAAUAGAACAUCCAAAAACUACAACAAUUAGGACUCUCAGAAAAAGUCACUUGGACCUGGGUUAUUGGUACUAUUGUGUAACAUACUGUAAACAGUUUGCAAACAUUCACAGUGUCCUUAUUAAUGUCUUCAUUCACAAUGUAUGUUCUGACAGACUUCAGUAUCUGGUAACAGAAAAUAAAUCCUGCAGCUUUCA